AUGGGCUCAAUCGCAGUUGAGGAACUCUUAAAGGAAAGGGAGUCAUCGGCUAGCACAUCAUGCACGCCUAUGAAAGCUGUUUCUAAUCCGCAAGAUGUUCCUCCUCCUAUCGCAAUUGUGGGUAUGGGUAUGAGACUCCCGGGUGGUAUCACCUCUGCAGAAGAGUUUUGGGACUUUCUGGUUUCAAAGGGAGAUGCGCGUAGUAAGAUACCAGAAUCUCGUUUCAACAUUGAUGCGUUUUAUAAUAGCUCGAAGCCUGGCUCUGUUAGGACAGAGUAUGGCUAUUUUUUAAAUCAAGAUCUGGCUCACAUAGAUGCGUCAUUCUUUUCCAUGGUGAAAUACGAAGCUGAAAGGCUGGAUCCCCAACAAAGACUGCUACUUGAAGUGGUAUGGGAAUGUUUAGAGUCUGCCGGCGUAACCGGCUGGCGCGGAAAGGAUAUCGGCUGCUUUGUUGGCUCUUUCGGGGAAGACUGGCUUGACAUGUCAAGUAAAGAUACCCAGGACAUUAACAGAGUCAGAGCUAUCGGUGCUGGAGAUUUUGCGCUCGCAAACAGAGUCUCCUAUGAGUAUGAUCUCAAGGGACCAAGGUCAGAAUAUCCUUCUUUCUAUAGUGAAAGUUAA